AUGACACCCCAAAGGCCUCCAACAAGUCCGGAGAAUGACCCCGAUCUUUCAAAGACGAUUUACUGCACCAAGCCAUAUAAUCCUUCGCUGCCACUCGUGCAAUACGCGCUCAUGAUUGAUGCCGGCUCGACUGGUUCACGGAUUCACAUCUACAAGUUCAACAAUUGUGGAAAGUCACCGAUGUACGAAUACGAAGUCUUCCGUAAGACGCAGCCUGGCCUCUCGGACUACAAAGGCCGCCCACAAGAGGCCGCGCGGAGUCUUGACGUGUUACUGGACGAGGCGGUCAAAGUGGUACCCGCAGCCCUACGCCCAUGCACGCCAAUUGCUGUCAAAGCUACCGCGGGACUUCGGUUGUUGGGCGCGGAUGACAGCGCUGCGAUCCUUACCGCCGUGCGGCAACGGUUGCAUGAGAAGUACCCUUUCAAUUUACAGGAUGAUGACGGCGUCGUGAUCAUGGAUGGGAAGGAUGAAGGUGUAUACGCAUGGAUCACCGUCAACUAUCUCAUGAAGACGAUUCGUGGCGAUACCCCGGCGGGCACACCAUCCUACGCUGUUCUCGACCUCGGUGGCGCAUCGACGCAGAUUGUGUUUGAGCCAACUUUCUCUAAGCCGGAUUCGACACUAGAACAGGGCGAACACAAGUACGAUCUGACUUUCGGCGGAAAGGAUCGUGUAUUGUACCAGCAUUCCUACCUCGGUUACGGAUUGAUGAGCGGUAGAAGCAGCGUUCAUCGGCUGGUAGAGUUCAUGGGUUCCCUUCGUGGUACCGGCAGUGGCCCUAAUGCGACUGUGGCGAAUCCAUGCCUCGCAAAGGGGACAUCCAAGCUAGUAGAAGUUGAAGACGAACGUCUGAUUGAGAAGUUUAACGUAACUAUGGUCGGUGAGGACGUUGGUUCAUUUGAGGCAUGCAACCGUGUUGUCGAGCUGGUUAUGGCGAAAGAUGCGAUCUGUGAGGUGAAGCCGUGUUCCUUCAAUGGCGUCUACCAGCCAUCCCUUCUCGAGACAUUCCCAUCAGGCAAAGUGCUCCUUCUUUCUUACUUCUACGACCGCCUUCAGCCAUUCCUGGCUGCAUCCCCGUCGCUCGCAAAUUCACCCCUCCAUAUUUCUACGUUCUCUACGCUCGCACAGCAAGUCUGCGAAGGUAAGCCGUCCUGGACGGAACAUUGGGGCAGUGACGCAGCACUUAUGAAGGAGCUUGAGGGUCGACCUGAGUGGUGUCUGGAUCUGACGUUCAUGCAUGGCCUAUUGAGACUCGGAUACGAGUUAGAUAGCAAUCGCACGGUAGAGAUCGGAAAGCGAAUCGAAGGGACAGAACUCGGUUGGUGCCUCGGAGCAACACUUGCCAUGGUUGGCGGUGAUCUGAAGUGUAGAGUAUAG